ACACAACCCACUUUCGUCAUCACAUGUAUUUCUGUUGCCAGUGCGUUUUAUUUCGGUUUAAAUGCAGAAAUAUUUAUAAACCAAGCAGCCAAAUUGCAAUAGUGGCCUCACACCCGAAACACGUGCAAGUGCCCGAAAAGUGGCGCCUCAGUGAAGCAACAGGCUGUCUCUGACAGUGGGAGAGAGGCGGACGUGUGUGUGACGUGCAUUGACAUUGAAUCACAUUCGGCUCGCGGUUUCUCUGCCAAGUGCCAAGCACAGAGAGAAAGCAAAAAUAAAACGAGGAAGCGUUAUUGACUACGCCAGCAGCACUACCAACACCUAUAGCACCCGUAUCAGCUGGUCUCUGUGCGUAAGGAAAACUUAUUAAUUGUGCGACCGGGCAGCAGUACGCGGCGCGUGUUCGACAACAUUCCCAGCAGAGUUCUCAGUGCAACAGCAGCAACGAGGGCAGCAGCAACUACAUCUGGAAAUUGGAAUCGACAGAGAACUGCGAGCCCCAGACACAGACGCAGACAGAGGCACAGCCAGAGCCCCAGCCCCAGCACUGCAUUUAAUCAAAACAUUUCGUGUUGUGUAAUCGCCCGGGAGUAGCGAAAAAAAAACAGCAAAUAUGAGCAACGACGCCGCAAAACCCGAGGAGGUGUCAGCCAAGGCGAAGAGCGCCCCCAAUGCUAUCAAGUUUCUGUUUGGAGGUCUCUCCGGCAUGGGCGCCACCAUGGUUGUCCAGCCCCUGGACUUGGUGAAGACACGCAUGCAGAUCUCUGGGGUCGGUGGCGGCAAGAAGGAGUACCGCAACUCCUUUCACUGCAUCCAGCAGAUAGUCAGCCGGGAGGGACCCCUGGCUCUCUACAAGGGAAUUGGUGCUGCUCUGUUGCGUCAGGCCACCUACACCACCGGGCGUCUGGGCAUGUACACCUAUCUGAACGACCUCUAUAAGGAGCGUUUCGACAGGAACCCCAAUGUGGUGGACAGCAUGGCCAUGGGAACUAUUGCUGGAGCUUGCGGCGCCUUCAUUGGAACCCCGGCCGAGGUAGCUCUGGUGCGUAUGACCUCCGACGGACGCCUGCCGAUUGCGGAGCGACGCAACUACACGAAUGUAGCCAAUGCGCUGACGAGGAUUACCCGCGAGGAGGGUCUAACCGCGCUCUGGCGUGGCAGUCUGCCAACUGUGGGAAGGGCCAUGGUCGUGAACAUGACCCAGCUGGCCAGUUACUCGCAGUUCAAGGAAUACUUCCACGAAGGUCCACUGCAGAUGAACGAGGGCAUCAAGCUACACUUCUGCGCCAGUAUGUUGAGCGGUCUGCUGACCACCAUGACAUCUAUGCCGCUGGAUAUUGCCAAGACGCGUAUUCAGAACAUGAAGACGGUCGAUGGCAAGCCGGAGUACCGUGGCACUGCGGACGUCCUGCUCCGCGUGGCUCGCCAGGAGGGUGUAUUUGCCUUGUGGAAGGGCUUCACACCCUACUACUGCCGCCUGGGACCGCACACGGUGCUGACCUUCAUUCUGUUGGAGCAAAUGAACCAGGGCUACAACAAAUACGUUCUGGGUGCGGAUACUAGCUCUGGAUUGUAGUGUUCUUUCAAUUGAAAUUGUCCAGAUGAGCAGCCGCCCAGCUGGCAUCUGGCCGGUAAAUGAAUUGCAAAAGGAUUCCAACCAUUGCAAUACCACCCAGAAACAAGAACAAGAUGAUGCAGGACGGACCAUAUCCCCAGGAACGAACUAUUAUCCCGAUCGAUGAAUGUGUGUGCGACUGCAUGUGCGUGUAUAUAAUGUUAAGGUUAAACCAAUGUAGGGCAUUUAAAUGUCGGCAAUUCCGGUGACAAUAUUACAUGAUUAUGUCUAUAUAGUAUAUAUGUAUAUCUCGAUGUUGAGACAGUUUUUCUGUAGCGCCUUAAAUUGAAAGUGGAUUCUCAAUAAAGCACAAAUUGAUCAACC